AUGUCUUCUCAUCGAUUUCGCACUCUCAUCAUCAAUGCCACUCAACUUGUUUGCAUUUCUUCCAACAAGAAUGUUACUCUGUUGAAAGGAUCCGAACAAAAUAUUAUUGAAAUUAUAUCGAAUGGAGCCAUGAUUAUUGGACAGGAUGGCAACAUUGCUCAUAUCGGAACCACGGAGGAAAUUCAACAAUUAAUUACUCAAAUGAUCUCCUCCUCAUCAUCCAAUCAUCAUAAUAUUACACUCUCAGAUCUCUUUGAAACCGUACUCGAUUGUACCGGAAAGAGCGUCAUUCCAGGCUUAGUGGACUCCCAUACUCAUCCCGUCUGGAGUGGAGAUCGUUGCCAUGAAUUUGUCAUGAAAUUACAGGAGCCACCUAUAUGGACAUCCACAAGAUGGGAGGAGAGAGCUCGUAAAAUGUUACGAAACGGUACCACAUUGAUGGAAGGAAAAUCAGGUUAUGGUCUUGAAACAGAAACGGAAGUGAAAAUGUUGCGAGUCUUGCAUCAGGCCAAUAAGAAACAUUUGGAUUUGAAUCUCCCAGAAAUUGUUUCCAAUUAUUUGGGAGCUCAUUCAGUUCCGAAAACCACAAAUUUACACGAUUACACUCGACAAAUUAUUGAGGAACAAAUUCCAGCACUUGCUGAAAUGAUUAAGAAGGAUGAAAUUGGACCAAGUUUGAUUGAUGUCUUUCACGAAAAGGGAGUUUUUGAAACGGAGGAAACGAGACGUGUUCUUUUGGAAGGAAAAGAAAAAUUGGGACUUGGCAUUAAUUUCCAUGGAGAUGAAUUGAAUCCGAUGGGAAGUGCAGAAUUGGCGUAUGAAUUGAAUGCAUUGGCUGUUUCUCAUUGUGAACAUGUGAGUGAUAAGGGUAUUGAAUUGAUGGCUGAGAAGAAUAUUUGUGCUACACUGUUACCUACGACAGCUUAUAUUUUGAGAAUUGCCUAUCCACCUGCAAGAAAGAUGAUUGAGAAGGGAGUUCCUGUCGUAUUGUCUACUGAUUUUAAUCCAAAUGCUCAUUGCAUGUCUUUACCUUUUGUGAUGCAUUUGAGUUGUGUGAAUAUGAGAAUGACUUUGAAUGAAGCACUUGUGGCUUGUACAUUGAAUGCUGCUGCAUCGAUUGGAAAGGCCAAUACACAUGGUAGCUUGGCUGUUGGAAAGAGAGGAGAUUGUGUCAUUAUUAACCAUUCCAAUUGGGAACAUUUAAUUUAUGAAUUGUGUGACUCACCAAUUUUACACGUAGUUUUGAAUGGAAAAGUUGUUUACACAAAUCAACAACUUUAG